AUGAGCAACAUCGAGGACAACCACUUCGUCUUGAACUGCAACGAAAAUGAGGCCAAGCUAUACUUCAAAUAUUGGCUGGAGUAUGUAUAUCUUGCCAAAAUAUCAUCAUUCACAGGAACGAACGUGACGGCAAAAACUGCGACCGCAGCAUAUUUGACCGAAUUAUCUGCUGCUAUGGACGAAUGUGCGGGGAAUAAACGACAUAGUGCGAAGUUGACACAUGUGCAGAAGAAAUUCGGUACAAUAAAAAAAGUCUUAGUCUAUGGGACAAAAAAUGCCGGCUCUGUAGACAUCAAAGGAUUAGUUGUACGGUUCCAUCGUCAUGCGCUUGGCAUCCUGAGGUGCUUUUGCAUUAAGCUGCUACGGGCUAUGCCUCGAGUACCCCAUCGGUAG